GGGGUGUGUAAGGGUGUGAGCUGUGUGACGCAUUAGUCCUCAGCAUAAAAACCUAAGCAGACAAGAAGAGGCAAAUCGCCGUUUUUAAGAAUACACUGAAGAACAUGGACACAGACAAGAAAAACCCUGUUCUAAGAGAGGGGUUCCUGGUGAAGAGGGGCCACAUUGUUCAUAACUGGAAGGCACGCUGGUUUAUGCUGACCCCUGAUAAGUUGUUAUACUACAAAUACGAAGGAGGGAAACGAGAUUCGUGUCAGAGAGGGAAAAUCCUGCUGAAGGACUCUGUAAUAACGUGUCCUUUCCUGGAGUAUGAAAAUCGGCCGCUUGUGUUCAAACUCCAAACCAAGCAUGGGGUGGAUCAUUUUUUGGAGGCUUGUUCCAGAGAGGAGAGAGAUGAGUGGGCUGCUGAUAUCAGAGCCACAGUCAACAAGCUACAGGCAACUGACAAUGGGAAGCUGAUGAACCAGAAAGAUCCUGCUGAAUCCCGCUUACACAAUAUCAAUUUGAGUAAAGUGUUGGACUCCAUGUAUGACGUCCACAGUGGAAUCAAGUUGAGCAACCAUGUGGAGCAAGGAAGCAAUUACAGCAACUGCUUUUCAGGUUCAGCAGUGGUGGACUGGUUGGUGUUCAUGCAGCUCACUCUGACCCGUGUGGAGGCUGUGACCUUGGCCUCUGCUUUGCUCGAAGAGGGCUUCCUGCGGACCGUCGGCCUAAGGAGUAUGGAGGGCCUUCGCACCGCUGGCCUCAGUGAGCAGUUUAUGGACGACUCGACUGCCCUCUAUGGCUUUUCUGAUAGCUUAAAGAAGAGAGGCAGUGUGAAGGCAGAGAGGUCACUGUCUGCAGUGGAGCUGAGUGGUAAAGUCAUAAAAAGAGGAUAUCUGCUAAAACAGGGACACCGAAGGAAAAACUGGAAGGUGCGACUGUUUGUACUGCGUUCGGAGCCUGCUUUCCUACAUUAUUAUGACCCGACCAAGGAUGACAUCACCCCUGUUGGCGGCUUCUCCCUGCGAGGGUGUCUGAUAUCCUCCCUGGAUGAUAAUGGAGUUCCCUCAGGUGUAAAGGGCAACAUUCAAGGCAACUUGUUUAAAAUCAUCACUAAGUCAGACACUCGUUACUUCAUCCAGGCUCCGACUCACCAGGAGAAGAUGGAAUGGAUUGAUGCAAUCAGACAGCAGACGUAGAACAGCUGUGUCCAUAGGAACUUGAAUAGUUAACAUCAGCAAGGAGAAACACUUUUACUGUUUCUUGAAUGCACUCUCACAAUAAGGUUAACAAAUGCUUUAGAGGUAGUCACCUAUCUGUUCAUUUGUUUUUAAAAUAUCUUAUAAUGUGUGAAUGUCUUUAGUUUUUCAGUGGAGGUUUCAGUAGCAGUUGUAGCAAUUUAUGUACUUUUUUGCCUAUUUGUAUUUGUCUGUUAAAGUAUUUGCAAUUCUGUUUUCAUAUUACCAUUUGGACGAUGCUUUUUAAAUUAUUUUGACAUAUAAGCAUGUAAAUUUCCUUUUUUUUUUAUUCCUUGGAAAAUGUUUAAUUAAAGAAAUUUGUUGAACUAA